CUAGAAACGGCGUCAAGUGAAAGCUGCCUGCAAUGCCUCAUCGCGCCAUCCCCAACGCGGCGGGGGAAAGCGGCUUGAUGGUGUUUCUCCAGCGAAAAAGUAAUUUUCAAGCACUCUUGGCAGUAUGCGUGGUUGGUGUCGUCAUUGUCUACUUUGAAAUGAUCAAGCUCUCGUCUGUGAUGCCGCAAAUGAGCGAUACGAGCAUUUUGGAGAACCUCCGCCGGAAUCAAGCAACGGCCAAACCUGUCUUCGGUGAAGGUGCAUCGCCUUCGAUUGGCGUCGUACUCACACACUACCGCGACAAUGAAGAGUGCAUGCAAACGUUGCAAUCCCUCUACGACACUGCCCAAUACUCGGUCUCGAUCCACAUCUACCUGUUCGAAGAAGUUGAGCUUGGAUCGAACGAUGACACGACGUGCUUUCAACUGCUUUGCCAAACGUCUCCCUCUAUUUGCGAAUACCACGCCACUCGUAUCCAUCACAAGCGACGCCACGCUGCCGACCACAUUGGUCCUGGUCCAGCCCGCGCCAUCGCCGAGUCCAUGGUCGUACAGUCUCGCCACAAAUACUUCCUCUCAAUCACGACGCGACUUGAAUUCACGCCGCGCUGGGAUGUCGCAGUGCUGGCGCAAUGGACGUCCAUCGGGAAUCCCAAGGCCCUUCUCAGCUUUGCUCCUCCGGCCGUUCGGUCCAAGGAGUGGCCAACCGACUCUUCGCAGCAAGCCAUUCUCUGCACUGGUCGCAUCACGUCUAUUCAAUCAAACAUUGCAGUGGUGGCAUUCAACCUCCCCGUGCUGAUCGCCGACCCGCGGACAUCCACUCCACGAUUGGUGUCGCAGUACUCGGAAGACUUUCUGUUCGGCCCGAUCAAGGCGCUGAUCGAGGCGCCGUCUGACCCCAAUGUCGAAUUUGUUUGGGAAGGCCUCGCGUACUACCGAGCCGUGCGGUGGUGGACUCGCGGGUACGACUUUUACUCGCCCACGACCGACGUUGUGUUUGAAAAAUAUACACGUCGGGUGCAGCACCCCCUGCACCCAUCGUUGAUUCAUACGAUUGCGAGCGACGACACGGCCAUGGCGCGGCUCGUGGCCAGACAAAAAGAAAGCUACAUUCGCAUCCGUCGAGUUCUUCGCUUCAACUCGGGCGAACCUCCCAGCAGUAAAGACGAAAUGUACUCGAUCGGGUCCACGCGAUCUCUCGAGCAAUGGGUCGCUUUCAGCGGCCUCAAUCAUAACGCCAAGAAAGACGAGUCCACUGACAGGCAAUUUCAGAACUGCCGCAAGUUAGUGCGUGUGGCGUAACAAGUCAUUACGUCCUUGUGUGA